UCGGAUCACUUCCGGGUGGCGCUCCCGGGCUCCGAGCCGUGAUUGGGCGACUGUAGACAGGGCACUUCCGGUGUCCAGGUGCUGGGCUCCCCGGCAGGAAGGAAAGAUGGAGCCCUGCGCCGUGACCCGCGCUCCAGCCCUCUCGUGGCUGCUGCUGCUGCUGCUGGGCUCGGUGUGCGGCAGCGGCCCCCGCACGCUGGUGCUGCUGGACAACCUCAACCUGCGGGAGACGCACUCGCUUUUCUUCCGGAGCCUGAGGGACCGGGGCUUUGAACUGACGUUCAAGACCGCCGAUGAUCCCAGCCUGUCGCUCAUUAAGUAUGGGGAGUUCCUCUACGACAAUCUCAUCAUAUUCUCCCCCUCGGUGGAAGAUUUUGGAGGCAACAUCAAUGUGGAGACCAUCAGUGCCUUCAUCGACGGUGGAGGCAGUGUCCUGGUAGCCGCCAGCUCUGACAUUGGUGACCCUCUUCGGGAGCUGGGCAGCGAGUGUGGGAUCGAGUUUGAUGAAGAGAAAACGGCUGUCAUUGACCAUCACAACUAUGAUGUCUCAGAUCUUGGCCAGCACACGCUCAUCGUGGCUGACACAGAGAACCUACUGAAGGCCCCGACAAUUGUUGGGAAGUCAUCUCUAAACCCCAUCCUCUUCCGAGGAGUUGGGAUGGUGGCCGAUCCUGACAAUCCCUUGGUGUUGGACAUCCUCACAGGAUCCUCAACCUCCUACUCCUUCUUCCCAGAUAAGCCCAUCACCCAGUACCCCCAUGCAGUGGGGAAGAACACCCUCCUCAUUGCUGGGCUCCAGGCCAGGAACAAUGCCCGGGUCAUCUUCAGUGGCUCCCUGGACUUCUUUAGCGAUGCCUUCUUCAACUCCGCCGUGCAGAAGGCCACGCCUGGCGCCCAGAGGUAUUCCCAGACAGGCAACUACGAGCUGGCUGUGGCCUUGUCCCGCUGGGUGUUCAAGGAGGAGGGUGUACUCCGUGUGGGGCCUGUGUCCCAUCAUCGUGUGGGCGAGAAAGCCCCCCCCAACGCCUACACUGUUACUGACCUAGUGGAGUAUAGCAUCGUGAUUGAGCAACUCUCCAAUGGCAAGUGGGUCCCCUUUGAUGGUGAUGACAUUCAGCUGGAGUUUGUCCGCAUUGAUCCUUUUGUGAGGACCUUCUUGAAGAGGAAAGGUGGAAAAUACAGUGUCCAGUUCAAGUUGCCGGAUGUGUAUGGUGUAUUCCAAUUUAAAGUAGAUUACAACCGGCUUGGCUACACACACCUGUACUCCUCUACUCAGGUGUCAGUGAGGCCACUCCAGCACACGCAGUAUGAGCGCUUCAUCCCCUCAGCCUACCCCUACUAUGCCAGCGCCUUCUCCAUGAUGGCGGGGCUCUUCAUCUUCAGCAUCGUCUUCUUACACAUGAAGGAAAAGGAGAAAUCUGACUGAGGGGCCGGAGGCCAGGACUUCACACAGCAGAGUGGCACAUGAUUUUAUUAGGGCAAGAUGUUUUGUUGUUGUUUUUUAAGUCAUGGGAAAUGGCACAGCCUUACCUCAGCGUGGAACGCAGCAUUGAGUACCAAGGGGUGGGGGCUGGGGAAUCAAUUUUUAUGUAAGUUUUUCUACCUUGAGUUGCUGCGAAGCGUUUUUCACAUGUGCUGUCACUUUCUUUUCUAAUCUAAAAUAAAGAGAAAUGCUGGCCCUGUCUUGUGGUCAGGUGGGGA